UAUUCGUGAGUUCCAGGAGGAUAUUAGUCUCACUACACAUCGCGCUCCGCUUUUAAAGGGACAGAUGGUCUAAACCUCAUGAUGUUUCGUCAAGAACAACAUAGCAACGCUGUUCAUCGCUUCCGCAUUGACUGCACUAGUCUCUGUCAAUGCGGGAGAAUGAAUAACUCUAAAUGUGCCAUUACUCACAAACGACGGAGACCAACGCGGAUCAUACGAUGUAUAUACGUGGUGGGAUUCAUGGACCUCUUUGGGGUCAGUAUGAUCAUCCCUUUGCUGAGUCAUCAUGUGAAGUCUCUGGGAGCAAGUCCUACAGUGGCCGGGAUUGUAGGAUCUACAUAUGGCGUAUUACAACUCUUCUCUAGCACUGUGGUGGGAAGUUGGAGUGAUGUGGUAGGGAGGCGCUAUUCACUACUGACGUGCCUUUUGUUCAGUGCCUUUGGAUAUGGCCUGCUGGGUCUAUCCACUAGUAUUGCACUCUUUGUGCUGGCCAGGAUACCAGUGGGGCUCUUUAAACACUCCCUGUCUAUCUGCCGAGCGCUCCUGUCAGAUCUUGUGUCAGAGAAAGAGCGGCCUCUAGUGAUGGGCCACUUUAAUGCAGCUUCAAGUGUGGGCUUCAUCCUGGGACCAGUGGUGGGUGGAUAUCUUACUGAACACGAGGGUGGUUUUUACUUAUCCUCAUUCGUCUGUGCAGCCAUUUUUCUUCUAAAUGCAGGUUUGGUCUGGAUGUUACCUUGGAGUGAGACGUUAAAUCACCGUAUAGAUGCAAACGCUAACAGUAAAACCAAACCCGGCAAAUCCUACGACGAGUUGAAGAACUCAAUCCAGCAGAACUGCUCAGACAAAAACCAUGUUCGCCAUCCUAAUGCAUCAGCAGUCCGUAGUCAAACAAAUGGAGGCUGGGGCUGGAGAGACAUGUCUGUUGUCCAGCCUGCCUGGAGACAGCUAACCUCAGUGUGGAUACGGAUCCACAUGGUGGCUUCCUCCGAUAUGUGGGACGUGUUCCUGGUGCGUCUUCUAAUGGCUGUAUCCAUAAUGCUGUACUACAGUAACUUCUCCUUAGCCAUGGAGGAGCGUUUUCAGCUCAAACCAAAGGUGACGGGCUAUUUGAUCAGCUAUAGCAGUAUGUUGGGCGCCCUUGCUGGCUGUUUGGUGGGACCCGUCACACAUUUUUAUGGCAACAACAUGUCUGCUUUAUUGUUGCACUCUACGGCACUCACCUGCACGUUGAUCUUCCUGUAUGCCACGGCACCCAACGUCUGGCAGGUCGUGCUCACUUCCACGUUCUUUGCCAUCUCUACCACUAUUGGACGUACGUGCAUCACCGAUUUAGAGCUGCAGCGUGGGGGAGCCCAAGCUAGCGGGACAUUAAUCGGAGCGGGACAGUCAGUCACAGCUGUGGGACGGGUUCUCGCGCCACUGCUGUCUGGUCUGGCUCAGGAAAUCAGCCCCUGUGGACCUGCUAGUUUAGGGGUCGUGCUGGGACUGGUUGCUGUUGGUGUGCUACUCGUGAGGACUCCUAAAUGGGACAGUAAGACAAAGGUUAAAGACAAGAGUCCCAAACAAUAAGGUGAAGUGACAGAAAGACGUAGGACUGUGACGGCAGCUGUCUUUUAUUUCCUCUCAGGGGAUGUGAUUGUUUUUUUUGGAGAACAUUGGAGUUUGGAUCUUUAUACCAGCUAUCGAAUGUCACAACGUCAGUGUGAGACGUCAGUCGGUAAGGCUGCUUCCUAUGCCGCCACGCUGAACGAGAGCAACUGCCUUGUGCAAAUGCAGACUGAUUGAGUCUGAUGCAGAAUCUACAGUAAUACGAUGAAUGUUUCAGAACAUUUUGCUGUUAAAUAGUUCAACACCAGUGGCAGAACUAAUGUGAAGUCAAGCAUAUUCUGUUUCAGAGCACCAGAAGUGAGACAUUCAUUGUUGAAAGACUUUUAUGUGUUAUAUAAAAGUGUUUUAUGUGUUGCUUUCGUUUCCUGACCAGACUAUAAGUUAUAUGAACAGGAAAGGUAAGUCUUACAUGCUUCCAAGGAAACUGUUUAACAUUUUGGGUAAGAGAAAUGUAACUAUGUGAUGGAGUUUUACCUCACUGUGGCAUUGAUACUCGUUUAACCACUAUUUAUCAUUGGUGCACUUCAGAAUACUCACUUCCUUCAGUGUUUAAAAUUAAAAGUCAUACAGUUGCCCCAAAGGCUAGCAAUAAUGUUUUUUAAAUAAAACUGUACAAAAACUUGAGAGUAGGUCACAUACACUACUGUUCAAAAUUAAGUGUGGGGUCAGUAAGGUUCUUUUAUUAUUUUGAAUUUUUUUUCAGCAAAUAUUUCAAAUAAAUGCUGUUCAUUUAAAUUUCUAUUGAUAAAAGAAUCCUGAAAAAAGUAUUAUGGUUUCCACAAAAAUAUUAGGCUGCACAACCAUUUUCAAAACUGAUAAGAAAUGUUUACUGAGCAUCAAAUCAGCAUAUUAAAUGAUUUCUGAAGGAUCAUGUGACACUGAAGACUGGAGUAAUGAUGCUGAAAAUUUAUCUUUGCCAUCACAGGAAUAAAAUUACAUUUUUAAAAGUAUUCAAAUAGAAAACAGUUAUUUUAAUAUUACUUUUUAAUUAUUACUUUUAAUGUAUUUUUGACCAAAUAAUUGCAGCCUUGUUGUGAAUAAAAAUAACUGUUUAAAAAAAAAAAAAA